AUGCCAAUGGAGUUCGAGGGCAAUGGCUUUUCGUUCUUUGCGGAUGUGGCGCCUCAUGUUGUCCUCGAGUCCGCUUAUACGUGUAUUCUCGGGAUCACCUCGUUUGGAAAGGUUUGUGGGAGGAAACUUGCAAAACCUCAAUCAUUUGACACUACCAAACGCAAAGAGUAUGACGAUACGAUGAAAUUUGAGGGGCAAAGUCCACAGGAUGUGCUCGAGCGGAAUCUAAACCAGGAUCCAAAGUCAUUGUUACGGAGAGCUCCGUCUGAUCAUAGCGAUGAAAUAUGCGACAAUCCUAUUUUUGAGGCCAGGGAUAUCUCGUUUCCGUUCUCUCAUGAAGCAAAGUUGAAAGAACAUACCAAGGUCAUAUCUGCGCUUGCACUUGAUCCAUCCGGUUCUCGGGUGCUUAGCGGCUCACACGACUAUGAUGUCAAGCUGUGGGAUUUCGGUGGUAUGAACACACAAUCACGUUCAUUCAAGAGCUGGGAGCCUGCAGGACCAUGUUAUGUGAAUGACCUUAAGUACUCCCACGAUGGAAAGCGUUUCCUCGUCAUAUCUGGUACAACCCAGGCAAAACUAUUUGACCGUGACGGUGAAGAACAGGCUACGUAUGCAAAAGGUGACAUGUAUAUCCGCGACAUGAAACGUACACUAGGUCAUGUUUUUGAGUUAUCAUCAUGUGCAUGGCAUCCCAAGGAUUCUCAGCAUUUUAUUACGAGUUCAGCUGACUCUACUAUUAGAUUAUGGGAUGUCGAGAACAGGCGUAAACAAAUGGAUGUCAUCGUGGUCAAGUCCAGGCAACGGGGUGCGCGGUCGAAAGUGGUAACCUGUGCUUACUCCCCAGAUGGAGGGCUGAUUAGCGGAGCGUGCACCGACGGUGCCCUACAUUUAUGGCAAUCCUCUUCAAGUUUUGUGCGUCCAAAUUUGACCUUAGAGGAAGCACACACCAAGGGCACUGAGACCGGUUCUAUUACAUUCUCUGUUGACGGCUGGUCUAUCGUUACGCGAGGGGGGGAUGAUACCGUCAAAUUAUGGGAUCUUCGCUCUUUCAAACAGGCAAUCGUUACGCGGACAGGACUCACCUCCUUAUAUCCUGGCACCAAUGCGGUUUUCAGCCCAGAUGAGAAAUACAUCUUGACAGGGAAAGGCGCAGACUCAAAAUUUGGGAGUGGUAAACUUGUGUUCUUGCGACGGGAAAAUCUUCAAAUAGAAAAGGAAGUCGGGAUGGAAUCUAAUCCUGUGAAAGUUCAGUGGCACCCUAAAAUCAAUCAAAUCAUCACAGGUGAAGCCAAUGGGACUAUCAGCGUACUCUAUUCUCCUUCAACUUCGAUUAACGGUGCCAAACUACUUUUCGCUAAGGGUUUAUUGAAGCAAGCGACCGUAGAGGACAUGUCCGACAUGCUAGCUAGUCCAUCAAUCAUCACGCCUCAUGCACUGCCGAUGUUUCGUGAGGGAGAUGGGAUGACAAAGGGAGGAAAAAGAAAGCGAGAAAAGGAAAGGAUGGAUCCAAGAAAGAGCAGACGACCAGAAUUGCCUGUAAUGGGCCCUGGCCGUGGUGGACGAGUGGGAGCAAGUGCCACGCAGCAUGUGGUACAGAGCUUGGUACGAGACACAACGCGGGAUCAAGAUCCUCGAGAAGCGUUGCUUAAAUACGCAAAACUCGCAGAAGAAGAUCCUCAAUGGACAACUGCAUGGCAAGACAACCAGCUCAAGCCAUUUAUUCCAAAGCAGCAGUUCAGUCACAAGAUUCGUGACACGGCGUCACGUUACAACCAAUCGUCAUUCACUGGCAUGAAUACUACAACAGAAAACAGGGACUUAAUCCCCACAGUCGAAGUCAAAUUACUCAAGAGCCUCAAUACCGACGCCAGGCGAAUUUCUACUUCUAGCGAAUUGGAGACUAUGGUCGCUUCUGAUUCAUGCCCUCAAAAUCAUGACGCGACGAUGGACCUGCAGAAGUCAGAUACAUUUUGCACAGAAUUACCACAAGACUCCAAUUUUGUGGUGGUAGAUGAAGCAACAGAUAUCACCAACCAGGGCAAUGGCGCUACUGAUGUGCAGAACGAUGCUGAUUGCGCUACCGUGGAUAGAUUAUCGACUCCAGGCAAUAGUUGUUCGCAUUCAAUUGCGGUAUCCAGGCCGCACGCACGCGUGGACGAUUCCACGUUAUCGCGUUAUGGUGUACAAGAGAGUGAUUAUGUGGAUGAAGAAACAAAGCCACCCCCAGCGAAACGUGUCCGAAUGUUUUCCGAAAAUAUUCCUAAUGCAAGCUUGCUUGAGUCCGAUUCCCCUCCCACGGCAAUAGCUUCAAUCCAUAUGAAUGAUGAGGCUGCAGGAUUAUCAUUUAAGCCUCGUGUACACGAGUCCUCAAUUAGCGUGGCUCAAUAUCGCUUUUGUCUAUCCACGAUACGGUCGUUAAAGAAGUUGAAGGAUUCUGGCCCCUUCUUGCUUCCUGUUGACCCUGUUGUUCUAAAUAUUCCGCAUUAUCCUUCGAUUAUUAAGAAGCCAAUGGACCUCGCGACAAUUGAGCGCAAGCUUCUAUCUUCAAAUCCCGCAAAAUUGGAUCCAGAUCCUCAUCCACGAUAUCUCACCGCCGAAGACUUUAUAUUGGAUGUUCGCCUUGUCUUCAACAAUUGUGUCACAUUUAAUGGACCAGACCAUGCCAUUUCACAAAUGGGCAGGCGAGUAGAAGCUGUAUUUGAUAAACAGAUAAAGCAACUCCCUCCUCAGGCUGAGAGUAAACCUUUUGUAAAAAGGGCCACAACACCGCCUGCUGCGCUUAAAAAAAUGCUUCCUGUACGACGCACGUCUACCUCCAUCCCUGUUAUACGACGCUCUGACACGGAUCAAGCGGUUGGGCGACCUAAGCGCGAGAUACAUCCCCCUCCGCCAAAGGAUCUGCCAUAUGCUGAUGCACCCAAAAAAAUUCGUCGGACCAAGGGCUUGAAGAAUGAUGGUACGACAGAACAACUCAAGUUCUGCGGGAAGCUACUGCAAGAUCUCUAUAGGAAGCAACAUUGGACAUUUGCACAUCCAUUUUAUGAACCCGUUGAUUGGAUAAAACUGGAUAUUCCCACAUAUCCAAAAACGAUUAAGAAGCCAAUGGAUAUGUCAACCAUGCGGAAAAAACUCGAGAAUCACGACUACUCAAACGCUUUCAAGUUCUUUGAUGAUUUCAAGCUCAUGAUUCGGAAUUGUUUUCAGUUUAACCCUUCAGGGACUCCAGUCAACCAAGCUGGGAUCGAAUUACAGCGAUUGUUUGAUGAAAAAUGGAAAGGGCUGCCACCAUUAAGGGAGAUGAGUGAGGACUUAGAAGAAGAAGAAGAUCCUGAUGAUAGCGAAGACGAACGGGCUCCAGGUGCGAUUGCGGCAAUGGAAAGCCAAAUAGAGACUAUGCGCGGUAACCUCGCGGCUUUGAAAGGUUCUAAGCCUGUCAAAGAAAAGAAGAAAAAAGAGAAACGAGAAAGAGCGUCUACAGGGUCUCACUCUAAACCUUCUUAUAUACGCCCAGUCAAAGGAUCUACGCACGGAAAUGUAUCGACGAAGCGUAAAGGAAAGAAGCAGCUCCACGAAGACGAUACCCUCACUUUUGACCAGAAAAAAGAUCUCAGUGAGGCAAUACAGAAGCUGGAUGGUACAAAAUUAGAAAAAGUUAUCCAGAUUAUACAUGACGGUGUGCCUGAAAUACGCGAUAGCACUGAAGAAAUCGAACUUGAAAUCGAUUUACUUCCUGUCAACGUUCUCACCAAACUAUACAACUUUGUACUGCGACCACUGAAACAACAAGCUACCAAACGCAGUCGCGCUGGGAAGGGGACCGGCACAGGUGGUCUGAAACGCAAGAGCAUGGAUGAGGACGUAGAGGCUGAGAAAAUUAGGCAGCUUGAGGAAAGGAUGCGGCUGUUUGAACAAGGUACCUCCAAUGUUGGAGACCUUGGGGGUAUAGGUGGGGGGCGGAGACACGAUGAUAGUGAACAUUCUUCAGACUCGAGUUCGGGAUCAGAGAGCUCCGGAAGUGAUUCAGAAUAA